AUGUCACUUUCGAAACCAGCACUGCGCUUGGUUGCGGAGCCACAACAAUUUUAUCGUAGUAGAUAUGCUAGUGAAAUGUGUCGUAAUGGUACUGUAUUGAAUCGUUUUAUUAUUACUGGUUCUAAUUCAGCCCAGUUCAAAUAUCCAACAGUUGAAAUACUAAAAGAAUGGUAUAACCAAGGAUUAUAUAUUUGUGUGAUUCUGGUCACUGUUCCAACUGAAGAAGCACCUAUACAAUGCAUACAUCCGCAUCCAAUUGAUACUGACGAAGUUAACGUUGUUAAAAAUGAAUAUCGAAAUUCACUUUUUUUUCCAAUAACAGAAGAAGACUGUGUAAAUGGUUUUAAAAGUUUUCGAAUUAUUCGUAAGAAAUUAGUUCAAUAUGAAUUAAAAAACUAUGGACCGUUGCAUAUUGUACAUUCAAAUGAUAAUGAUAUCCAACGCAUUGAUGAUCCAUCUGAUGUUCGAAAAUUAUCUAAAGUCUAUCAAUUAGAAAAAUCGCAAUUAUUAUUUUCUCUUGUUCAAACCGAUCCUAAUGGACGACUUAUUGUACUCAGUGCAACAUCUGUAUAUUCGAAUAUAAUGACUGCUACGAAAGAUAGAGUAACGAAUAAUAAUGUAAUUAUUAGAUGUUCACCACAAAAAGGUCAUUGGAUUGGUGGGGAUGAUAUUUUGAUGGUCAUUCCCAUAUCGGAUAGAAAAACACCAUGUGAAAUAUAUUUCGAAUAUCCUUCUUUACAACGUCAGGAACCAGUUUCAUUUCGAUUUGUUGAUUCAAAAACAAUUACAUUUACAACUCCACCAUGUCUCAUAGAAGUAAAUGAAAAUCAUAAAAUAGAAGUUCCUAUUGUUGUUCGUCAAAAUAAUCAAGAAGUUGCACGUGUUAAUUUUUGUUAUGAACCAUCUACAUAUAACUGCAGAUGUAAUAAUGAUUCAAUUUUCAAUUUUAUUGACGAAUCAAAUACUUCCGAACUAUCUUCUUCAUCGAGUACAUUUUGUGAUGUAGAUGAUGAUCUUGCUGAAUAUAUGUAA